UUUGAUUGUUUGUUUUGUUUGCAGACCAUGAUUUGGAUGAGAUUGAUAUGCAGACUGUACGCUAUAAGCCAGAAGCACUAGACAAGCUCUGUAAAAUGACCAAAUUCUCCAAGAAGGAACUCCAGCUGAUGUAUAGAGGAUUUAAACAGGAAUGUCCAUCGGGAAUGGUAAACGAGGAUACAUUCAAGAAAAUCUAUUCACAGUUUUUCCCUCAAGGAGAUUCGAGCCACUAUGCCCAUUAUGUCUUCAAUUCCUUUGAUACGGACCAUAAUGGUUCACUAACCUUUGAGGAGUUUGUACAAGGCUUGUCAAUACUGGCAAGAGGGUCACUGCAAGAAAAACUAAACUGGGCAUUCAACCUAUACGAUAUCAACAGAGAUGGCUACAUUACGAGAGAGGAAAUGUUAAAUAUAGUACAAGCCAUAUACGACAUGAUGGGCAAAUACUCCGAGCCAACGGUUGAAGAUAUCUCACCGGUAGAACACGUCGAAAGAGUCUUCCAGAAAAUGGAUCUGAACAGAGAUGGUGUGGUAUCCAUGGAUGAGUUCAUUGAUUCAUGUAAAAGAGAUGAUAACAUCAAGAAGUCCAUGCAUGUGUUUGACACGAUCUUAUGAUCAGCGUUGGUGCCCUCUACAGUUCAGCUGAUGAAAUGUUUGAACGUUGGAUGAGCAACUACUAGACUUUAUCCUCUAGACUUAUUUUUCAAUAGAACAUUAGGAGCACAAAACUUUACUGAUUAAAGGAGCGACUCUUCGGAAGAUAUGGAAUGUUUUUUUAUAGCUUCGUCCCUUCAACCUGUUGAUCACAUGACAUCAUAUUCUGCUUCUGAUGGGUUGGCUUCACUCCUGUGUCAAAGGUUGAAUUCAUCCCCUGCUGUGAUUGGCCAGUCAAAAUCAAAGAAAAACUUUUCGGCUUGAACAAAGACCCCAUAAUUCAUCUAUUGGUCAAGAUUUGUCUAUUUCAAAUUUGGCCCAUUAAGCUCAUUAGAAUUUAGUUUGGUUUAUUUGAUUUUUGGUUUCUUUGGUAAACAUCAUGAAACUUGUGUAUUUUUUAUAAUGGAUUUAUCAUGCAGCAUAUAGAGUUAUAUAUAGUUAUAAGAGAAAUGCAUGCUAAUUAUUUAAAUAUAUUUAGAAUACAUACGUUUACUUGACCUCUCUAAUAUAUUAAUAUUAUUGCAAUAAGGUGGAGCAUUCUAAGUGAGUCCAUCAACAAUUUGAGAACAUUAUUAAACUUCCUUGCAAGUCAUUUAAGAUGGAAAAGGAGAAUAAAUGUUGUGUUACAGAUUGAAUAAAGGCUUUAAUAAUCCUUCAUAGAGACAUGCUUCUUAUAUAAUAUUGAAAUCAAAUAUAAUGGUCAUUCACAUAUUAACAUAGAUCAAGAGCCCUAGAGAAUUGCAAGAUUUCAUAAAAUAAUUUUGAUCACAGAAUAUUUUUUACCAAAAAUUCCCACUUGAACCCCUUUGAAAAAUAUUUUCCCACAAUAUGUUUUUAAAAUAGCAUGAAUGAUAUCACUCUAGUUACAAGUAUUACAAUCAUUAAUGACAAUAGUGAAUUUAAAAAAAAAUUAUGAAUAAUUCAUUAAAAUGUUUGUUCAGGGGUAAAGUAAAUGAAAGAUUUAAGCUAGAAAUCAAUUUCAAUCAAUUUUGUCUUUGUAUUGGUCAACCAGUUAUGCUGUCAUUUUAGAGAAUUGAAAAAUUAGAACUUGCUGAGAAAUAAUAGAAAUUGGUGACUGGUACUGAACAACUUGUUCUAAAUGAAGUUUGAGAGACAAAAAUGACCCCCUAUUAUCUGUUGACUGUCAGAGCCUGAAGUGUCCUUUCUUACUUUGUAUAAAAACCUCUUUGCAGUUUUCUACUCCCAGUGCUGUAUAGACUGCUGUACCAGUCUUUUCUUUGAGAAAACUUGCCUGUUUUCUGUGAGGGUAAAGGUGAAAAUGCAUUGAUAGUGAAACAAAGGGCAUGGAUGCCAGUCUAGCUUGAAAAUGUUGAAGGAUUGAAGGUCUGAGACAGAAAAAGAUUGAUUCUGUCUCGAUUUAUUCCGGUGCUAUAAUAUCAAAGAAAUUCAUUCUUUAACAAUGGUGAAAGUGGUUUUUACUGCGUAUAUUUGUAUUUAUACAAAAUAAGGGGUGUUAUCUUUAAUAGAGAGUACUAGUUCAAUGAACUUUGUUUCCUUGUUUCAAGGAAUAGAUAGGCAAUAUGAAUAGCAUGCUAGGCUAGGUGUAGGAAAUAAGGAGUUUCGGAAAGUUUCGCUUUAUCGUAGUGCAUUGUAAUGUCUUUUUGAAUAUGUUGCUAAUGAGCUCCAGAUAAAUGAAAUACAGUCAAAUAGCCAAAUACCUUUGCAAGAUAAUCCAAUAUAGCAUUCAAUUCAGCAUUUCUGCUAGCAUUUUUAUGUAACCAAAACAUAAACUAUUUUCUGCCACUUUGCCCCAAGUUGAUUUUGUUAUUGGUUAUGAAAUGUAAAGGUAUGGAUGGAUCUUUUCUGCAUGCUAAAAAUUUCUUCCUGAAAGUUUUUCUGUUUGUUGGCAUAAAAUAAUGGUUAUAUAGAAUGAUGAACAAGUAUUCACUCUUGUCUUGCCAACAUUGUAAUGCAUGUUCCUUUCAGGAUUGAUUUAGGUUUUUUUUUUAACCACCUUCAUGAAUUGUUUUUCCCUAAUACUUUCUUCCUUUUUUUGUGAAAGAUAUUUACAUAUAUCAUUUGCUUGCUAUCAACAGUCAUGAUUCUAAAUGAUGUAGAAUUAACUUUAGAAAUUCUGACUUUAAAAUGCCACCUCAUAAAAAAUAGGAGUUCCUCUUUAAAGCUCAUCAGUGAAGCGUGUAUUUCAAGAAGAUUAAAGAUGAUGAUUGUGAUGGACUUUGAUUCUUUGUACAUUUUGCAUUCCAUUUCUAUAUGUAACAUCUAAACAUUUGAACUGCUGAUUCUCUGUCUUAACUUCCUGUGUACAAAUAUUAUUUUGUUUUAUUAUAACUUCUUAGUUUGAUAUGUUAAUCUAUGGUGAUGUCAAUGUGUUAUUUACUCUUUUGGGCCUCUGUCCUCCUCUACUUAUGAUCACAUUUUUAACAAAGUGCCUUUCAUAUUUAUUGGUAGCUUUAUUGAGGUAUGUAAAUAAACAAAAAACAUUUAUGCAUUUCAGAAGUUUUAUCAUUUGAAGUACUUCAACAAAGUUAUGGUAUUAAAUCAAAUUAUAUUCAGAUAUAUUUGAUUAAGUUUGUUAUUGAUAUAUCAGAAGUCAGAAUUUUGCAAGUUUUAUUAGAACUGGUUGCUGUUUAAUCUGUUAGAUUUAUUUUUCUUCUUCUUCAAGCUGAUAGUUAUAUGAAUGUAGUGCUUCUGUAUUAUUCCAAUUGAGAAUCUGCGUAUUUGAUUGAAAUCUAUGCCAUUAUUAGUAUGAAAUGAUUGGAUACUAGUAUUUGACUUUGUAAAGCAGGUAAUUCAUACGCCAGACCUGUGUAAGGAUGACCAGAUGACACUGCCCUUGUUAAGGGGAAAAGUUUAUGAAAUGACCACUACGUUCAAAAUUAUUUUUGCCUGAGCUUUGAAUUAUGAAAUCUUUAUAAACUAUUUAUAUCUAUAUCGUUUGUGCCGUAGAAAAUAAUCAAUUAUCUUAUUCAAAGAUUUUAUCUCUUAAAAGUUGCUAUUUGAUGGGAGGAGUGAAUCUGUAAAACACUUGGAGACAUGAUAGAUAUAUUAAGCGAUAUAUAUACCAAGAAUCUUAUUCUUAUUAUUAUUAUUAUUAUUUUUAACCUUUUAUUUUUGGGUUCACUUCUUAAAUGUAGAUGAAUAAUUUGGCUACAUUGAGGUGGAUCGUGCAAUAUAGAAAUGGUGUAUGAAUAUUCCUAUUUCUAGUCAACUUAAUGGAAUAUAUUUUCAUUUGAUUUUUAAGAUAUGAGGAGAAUGUUCUUCUUUUUAAGUGUAUGAUAUGAAUAAAUGUUGUAGUAUUUAUUCUAGCUGUUCAAGUAAGAAUGGUAUUUUUUCGCAAACAUUAGUGAAUGCAUUGCAAUUCAUGCCUGUUGUUUGUAUACUUCUCAUACCAAGAUACCUCUAUUGAACUUGUAUUGUCUGGUAUAUAUUCUGCAUAUUGCAUUCAAUUUUUAUUGUCAUCCCAACUUUAUUUGUAUAAAGCGCAUGUAUAUUAAAUCCAAACAGAAAAUAUAUAAAGAAAAUUGUACCCUUUGUAUGAAAUCUAAUACUCAAUCCAUUUUAAGAAAAUAUAAUAUUAGUAAGAGGACUAUAGCAUAUACAGUAUUAUAUUAAAUAUACAACACAUGUGCAGUAUACACACAUGUUCAUUAUAGAUAUACAGGUAUUUAAACGAUUCAGAAAGAAUGUUUUUCUGCCUUACAGAAUAAAUGUGCAUACUUUUGUCUUUCUUGAAACGAUACCGAGGGAUACACGAUUGUGCUUUUACUUUGCACGUUGGAGGAAAACAGUGAGGAAAAUAUUUAAUCAAACUACUUUUUAACGAGUUCAGCAUGAAACUUAGUUUAAUUUUGUUCUCUCCUGAUUUUGACAAAUAAUUCAAAAACAGGAUUGUAUGUGUGCAUUCAUUGAACCCCAAAUUUAAUUUGAUUUACUACAAAUCACUGACCUUUUGGUUUUUUUAAGUGGCCCAAACAUUGUGGAGCGUUUGUGCAGGGCUUUGUAACUGCAAGGAAAAGGCGCUAUAUCAAACAAACAUCUUUUGGAUUGGAUUGGAUUAUUGAAAUUAUUUGGGCCCUAUUACUUUUGUAAUGAGUCAUGAUUGAACCAUUUCAUCACCAUGUAAUCCCCCAUUUGAUACAGAGAGUUUUAUUAAUAUAAUUUAUUUUAUAUUAGGCUGUGUAAGGAAUUCCUGACUUGACUUUGCUUUUACAAAAUGUCUGUAAUGAAAAGUUGUUCUUGAAAACCAAACAGAAAAUGCUGUCUUUAAAUGUGUCUCAACUAUUUGCAUAUCAGCAGAAUCUAAUAUUUAAAUGUUAUAUUGCUAUUAAGAAGGUAUAGAGAUUUCUUUCUCAGGCUGUAGGCAUGAUUGCAUUAAGAUAUGUAAUUAGGAAUGUGUUACUUUCAUUGCAAAAGUUAAAUUCCUACACUUUUUUUAGCUUUGGGAAUAUGUGUAUAUGUGAGCAGCAGCAAGCUUCAAACAUAAAGUUAAUUGUUUUCAAAAGAUGGGAAUUAAAUUGGUCCGCUGUCCGUACUUGUAUCUUUUUGCUUGUAUAAAAGUUUAAGUGUUCUCUCUCUCUCUCUCUCUCUCUCUCUCUCUCUCUCUCUCGCUUUCUGUCUGUCUGUCUCCCCAUCACUUUAAAAUAGAGACAUACAAAUAACACUUUGUUAUAUGGAAUGUAAUUUCUAAUUGGAUGGAAUUACUUACAUACUCGACUUAUGCACAAAUAACGUUGAUGUUGGCAAAUUAUACUUGUGAGCAAAUAAAUCAAUACACUGUUUUGAGUACUAUACUUAUCAAUACAAAUGUGUAUUUCAAUAUAUGCAAACAAACACUUCUCAAAAUCAAAAUAAUUCUACCAUUUAAAAGUCUAGUCUGUCUCUUUCUCUCUAUCUUUCUCAACAUCUUUCUCUUUCUUCCUCUAUGUUGUUUUAUAAGAUUGUGUGUAUUUUCAUUGGGUGUAUCGUUCAAGUAUUUCAAGCAUCAUUUCACUGGUCUAGAAAAGAUAAGGAAAACAACAUGGGCUCUCUUCCCAUUUUCUGCUGUAUAUAUUUCUCUCUUGUUCAUUCAAUUCAUGCAUGGAAAGCACUGCUCAUUUUUUAUGAGGUGCUCCGUGCUGAGUUCGGAUGAUGAUGAAUAUUAUACAAACAUAAACAUAUUAUGAUAUUUGUACCAAACAUUAUGAGACGUAAUUUCACAAUAAAAUGAUGACUGGAAACAAGCA